UUCGCCUCUUCUCCAGCAGGUCGUCGGAGAAGGCGGAGAUACCGGCCCGGCUUCCGAGCUAUGCAGGAGAUCAGAAAGUAUCAAAAAAGUACUAAUCUACUUAUUCCCAAGCUACCCUUUUCUCGUGUGGUGCGGGAGAUCUGCCUGGAAUAUACCCGAGGGCUUGAUAUGAUGUGGCAGGCCAUGGCACUUCUUGCCUUGCAGGAGGCAGCUGAAGCCUUUUUGGUGCAUCUCAUGGAAGAUGCCUAUCUGUGCACCAUCCAUGCCAAGCGGGUCACUCUCCAUCCCAGGGACAUCCAGUUAGCUCGACGGAUCCGUGGCAUCGAUCAGGGCUUGGGAUAAGCUCCGUUCCCCUGGCUGUCCUGGCUGAAGAGGUUACUUUCUGAGGCCCCAAAGCUGCAGGGGAAGCACCCCGCAACUGCUUUGGAGGAGGAGACGACGACCGAAUUUACACCCCCACGCUCCCCUAUUUCAUGGAUUGCGAAUCUCAGCCUGGCCUCGUCCUCUUGCUGGAAUUCCCAAAGAGGUUGAGCUCUUCUUCCCUCUUCCCACCCACCGGCCUGCUUGGAAGGUGACCAGAGAUGGGGCUCUAAAAGACGAGAGAAGAAACGAACGGCCUAACUGCCAGGAAGGACGAGUGUCGUACAGUAACCCAUGUUUCAAGUUCUUCCGCCGUCUCUGCUUCGAACGGAGCCACAUGCUAACGAUGGGGACUGAAAAAUUGCUUGCUGUUUUAAAAUUUGCCCUGUAUUUUUGCACAUCAGUGUUCAAAAUAAAAUCUUUUACGCUUCUUA